GUGUACUCAACCGCAAGUGCUUUGUGCUGCCGUGUGCGUCCCCAGCACCACCAGCGUACGAGGUGUCUCGUGAUUCACCUGUUCUCUGACGGUCUGACCGGUACCGCAUGCAGGCGUCAUCGCCGACGAGCAGCAAAGCCACAGCAGGCAGCAUGAGCGGCGGCGUGACGCAGAUCAAUGUCGGCGGCUAUGUCAUUGCGUUCCCGAGUGGCGUGCUGCUGCGCGAGGGGCUGCGUGGCAUGUGUGUGGCGGUGCUGCUUCACCGGUUCGACGAGUGGAUGCUCAAGGAUGCCGACGGGACUCUCUUCAUCGACGCAGACCCACUCUACUUCAUCUGGUCAUCCAGCAAAUGACACUCAUUCAUUGACUCACUGCUCUGCAUGUCCAUCUGUGUGUGUGUGUGUGUCAGGUUGUGUGAGAAGCUGACCCGUCUGAAGCAUGGGUGGGUCGACGAGAUCAAGAUCUUCGACGCCGUGCAGCCCAUCCCCUUCUACCACGAUAUUUUCUUCGCCGAGUCGCCGAUCGCCAUCGACAGACCGCAUAAGGACAGCGAGGACCAAUCGGCAUUCCGCAGCUUCAUGGACAAGAUGGGCGCCUUCAUCAAGUCGUCCAUAAAGGGCGGCAGGGGAGGGGCGGAGGUGCUCAGUGUGACAGUGGACGGCCGCACAGUGGCGACCACCGAUGCCACGCUGGCCGACUUCGACACACUCAACGACCGAUUCACUAAGUGAGAAGACAGGCACACACAGGGGGUGAAAUGGGGAAGCUGUGAAAUGAUUGACUUGCCUUCUCCCUCCUGUGUCACUUGUGCAGGUAUGGCGCCACCCCCAUUGUCGAUGUGUGUGCCCAUCACUUCGACUUGUGAGCAUCCAGACAACCACCACAGGCAACAACAGCGCAUCUAUUCCUCUGUUGGUGUGUUGGUCUUCAGGAUCGUCGACUUCGCUCGUCGGUGUCGCCUCUCUCCCGAUGCCGCCGUCGUCCCGCCGCCCUCGUGUGCCGACCAGGAUGAGCUGGUGCGUGUGAGUGAGAUGUACGGCGUCCUCGAGGCCAUGUACCCCAACAUCCUCGCCAACGACGUCAUGCAGACCCUCCUCACCGUGAUCGGCAAGAAGCAACCCAACACAACCUGCCUCUACAAGUGAGAACAGACAAACGAAGGGCAUCGCGCCAUGCUACAUGCAUUCGUCGGCACGUCUGGCUGUGUCAGGAGUUCGCUCCACGGUUCGUCGUAUGCAAGUUUGGUGCAGCGUGUGGUGGGGCGCCGCGGCCUCCUGUUCGUCAUCAAGUGCGACGACGCCAACACCAUCGCAACCUUCGCUGACACCAAACUGCACCUGCCGGCCGACCCAACAUCUCAGCUUCUGUUCCGCUGCCCCGUGUCGCUGUUUUCGGUGUGCGGUGCGUUUGAGGGCGACGGAAUCACCAAGAUCGAGCUGCCACAGAACGAGCAGCAUGUGGCGGUGGCGGGCACACAGGGGGCGGUGACGAACGAGGACGGUGAGCCACGCGGCAAGGUGUGCAUCGCUGGCGGCCGCCUGUGGUUGGGGUAUGGCGAGCAUGGCGGCCCGACUGACGACCUUCUCAACUGCGGUCAGUGGGUGAUGAAGGAGGAGCUGCCGGCCAACAGGAAAUUUGUGGGCAAGACCAUCAACAGGAACAGCAAUGCCGCGAGCCUCUGUGGCGCUGAGACCUACAACAUCACCGUCCAGCAGGUGGAGGUCUUCCAGGUCAGUCAGUCAGCCAGGCAUGAGCCAGAGGGCACACAAGUGGCUGUGAACAUCAUGACCUCUUUCAUGUGUGUGAGCAGGUGUGGAGUGCUGUGCCGGCCGACCCCAUCCUGUCUGAGGAUGGCCUGCGAGCACUCGUCGCCGCGACGGGCAUGACGGAUGCGACCCCACAACUACUCUACAAGUUAGCCAACGAUGACAGGGAGGCUGGGAGGGUGCCUCGUAAUGAUAUCCCUUUGCUGCUUUGUGUCUGCCUGUGUGUCAGGGGUGAGCGUGACGGCUGGGAGCAUGAGGCCAUGUUCAAGAAUGUGCGCGACGCCACCGACCUCCUGCUGCUCCUCAAAGACCUCGGCGGCUCCGUCAUCGCCGCCCACAUCGAGGGCGGACUCUCUCCGCCCGCCGACCCCACUGCAGUGACGACAAGACCCUGUAAGGUAUCACUGUUCUCGGUGUCCGGUGCGUUUGAGGGCGACGGAAUCACCAAGAUCGAGCUGCCACAGAAGGAGCAGGACGUGGCGGUGGCGGGCACACAGGGGGCGGUCAAGAAUUGGAGACGCGAGGCGGUCGGCAAGGUGUGCAUUGGUGACAUGACCGACGACGCACCCGGCCGCCUGUGGCUGGGAAUCGGCUGUCCCCGCCCGGCAGGCGACCUUCGCAGCUGCCAGCAUUGGUUGUGGCAGAAGGAGCUGCCGGCCGGCAAGAAGCACAUCGGGGCCAUCGACAACGAGGGCCACGGCAGCCUGGCCUCCAGCAUCAACUUCCCACUCGCCGAUAUGGAGAUCUACACACUGCAGUGCAGAAAGAGAAGGAAGCCCGACACACGAUGAGUGAUGCGUCCUUCUCCCCCCACCGUCUCGCCUCUCUAAAUCUCUCUCUCUCUCUCUCUCUCUUCCUCUCUCCUGGCCCGCAGUAGGUGAGUGUUGUCGCAUCCACGACGAGCUCACGAUCGACGUGACAGCUGCUGAGAGGGGCAGAUAGGCGAGCACUUGGGUAGGUGGGACACACAUCUGAAAUGCGCUUGCGUCGCAUGGUGGAAUGCUUUAUCACCGACGAUGGAUACAAUCAUACGUCCAUGUGUGUGUGUGUGUGUGUGUGCGCACAGGGUCUGUUUUGGCCACAUGGGGGGUAUCUAUCUUCAUGUCUAUAGCCAGUGGAACGCAUCCCUUUGUCGACGGACUUCCAUGUGUGUGGCGUGUCGCAUGCGUCCGUGUGUCGGAUGCUGUGCAGACAAUACCGACGCACUCUCAUCUCG